UGGCGGUGGCGCUGCAUCCACAGCUGAGCUCGCGGCGUCCCGGAGCGCCGAGUGCGGGUGGCGGGCUGUGAGGAUGGCCUGGGCUGCGGAUGGGGCGUGCUCCGGUCGGCCGGGGCUCCCCUCUGAACCGCCGCAGCUCCUUAACCUCCAUCGGCGCCGCUGAGGCCAAGGACAUAUAGUCUGCCCUUCCCCGCUCAAACCGGGAUCAUGACGGUCCCCAAGGAGAUGCCCGAGAAAUGGGCCCUCGCCGGGGCGCCUCCUUCUUGGAGUCGAAAGAAGCCCUCUUGGGGGACAGAAGAAGAAAGGAGGGCGCGGGCUAAUGACCGAGAAUACAAUGAGAAAUUCCAAUACGCGAGUAACUGCAUCAAGACUUCCAAAUACAAUAUUCUCACCUUCCUGCCUGUCAACCUCUUUGAGCAGUUCCAGGAAGUUGCCAAUACCUACUUCCUGUUCCUUCUCAUUCUACAGUUGAUCCCACAGAUCUCUUCCUUGUCCUGGUUCACCACCAUUGUGCCUUUGGUUCUUGUCCUUACCAUCACAGCUGUGAAAGACGCCACUGAUGACUAUUUCCGCCACAAGAGUGACAACCAGGUGAAUAACCGUCAGUCUCAGGUGCUGAUCAAUGGAAUCCUCCAGCAAGAGCAGUGGAUGAAUGUCUGUGUUGGUGAUAUUAUCAAGCUAGAAAAUAACCAGUUUGUGGCGGCGGAUCUCCUUCUCCUUUCCAGCAGCGAACCCCAUGGGCUGUGUUACAUAGAGACAGCAGAACUCGAUGGAGAAACGAACAUGAAAGUACGUCAGGCGAUUCCUGUUACCUCGGAAUUGGGAGAUAUCAGUAAGCUUGCCAAGUUUGAUGGUGAAGUGAUCUGUGAACCUCCCAACAACAAGCUGGACAAAUUCAGUGGGAGCCUCUACUGGAAGGGAAGCAAGUUCCCCUUGAGCAACCAGAACACACUGCUGCGGGGCUGUGUGCUGCGCAACACGGACUGGUGCUUCGGGCUGGUGGUCUUUGCAGGACCUGACACUAAGCUGAUGCAGAACAGCGGCAGAACAAAGUUCAAGAGAACAAGUAUUGAUCGCCUGAUGAAUACACUGGUGCUCUGGAUUUUUGGAUUCCUGGUCUGCAUGGGGGUGAUCCUGGCCAUUGGCAAUGCCAUCUGGGAGCAUGAGGUUGGGACACGCUUCCAGGUCUACUUGCCCUGGGAUGAGGCAGUGGACAGUGCCUUUUUCUCUGGCUUCCUCUCCUUCUGGUCCUACAUCAUCAUCCUCAACACCGUUGUGCCCAUUUCACUGUAUGUCAGUGUGGAGGUCAUCCGUCUGGGCCACAGCUACUUCAUCAACUGGGACAGGAAGAUGUUCUGUGCAAAGAAGAGGACGCCUGCAGAGGCCCGCACCACCACCCUGAGUGAGGAACUAGGCCAGGUGGAAUACAUCUUCUCCGACAAGACGGGCACCCUCACCCAGAACAUCAUGGUCUUCAACAAAUGUUCCAUUAAUGGCCACAGCUAUGGAGAUGUGUUCGAUGUCCUAGGACACAAAGCUGAAUUGGGAGAGAGGCCCGAACCUGUCGACUUCUCCUUCAAUCCUCUGGCCGACAAGAAGUUCCUAUUUUGGGACCCCAGCCUCUUGGAGGCUGUCAAGAUGGGGGACCCCCACACCCAUGAGUUCUUCCGCCUCCUUUCCCUUUGUCACACUGUCAUGUCAGAAGAAAAGAAUGAAGGAGAACUGUACUAUAAAGCUCAGUCCCCAGAUGAGGGGGCCCUGGUCACGGCAGCCAGGAACUUCGGUUUUGUAUUCCGCUCUCGUACUCCCAAAACAAUCACUGUCUAUGAGAUGGGCACAGCCAUCACCUACCAGCUGCUGGCCAUCUUGGACUUCAACAACAUCCGCAAGCGGAUGUCAGUCAUAGUGCGGAAUCCAGAGGGGAAGAUCCGACUCUACUGCAAAGGGGCUGACACUAUCCUGCUCGACAGGCUCCACCACUCCACCCAAGAGCUGCUCAAUACUACCACGGACCACCUUAAUGAGUAUGCGGGGGAAGGGCUGAGGACCCUGGUUCUGGCCUACAAGGAUCUGGAUGAAGAAUACUAUGAGGAGUGGGCUGGAAGGCGCCUCCAGGCCAGCCUGGCCCAGGACAGCCGGGAGGACAGACUGGCCAGCAUCUAUGAGGAGGUGGAGAGCAACAUGAUGCUGCUGGGUGCAACAGCCAUUGAGGACAAGCUUCAGCAAGGGGUUCCAGAGACCAUUGCCCUCCUGACAUUGGCCAACAUCAAGAUUUGGGUGCUAACUGGAGACAAACAAGAGACGGCUGUGAACAUUGGCUAUUCCUGCAAGAUGCUGACAGAUGACAUGACAGAGGUGUUCAUAGUCACUGGCCAUACCGUCCUAGAGGUGCGCGAGGAGCUCAGAAAGGCCCGGGAGAAGAUGAUGGACGCCUCUCGCACUGUGGGCAAUGGCUUCACCUACCAAGAGAGACUUUCUUCUGCCAAGCUCACAUCUGUCCUGGAGGCUGUCUCUGGGGAGUACGCCCUGGUAAUCAAUGGCCACAGCCUGGCCCAUGCUUUGGAGGCAGACAUGGAGCUGGAGUUUUUGGAAACAGCAUGUGCCUGCAAAGCUGUCAUCUGCUGCCGGGUGACCCCCUUGCAGAAGGCACAGGUGGUAGAACUGGUUAAGAAGUACAAGAAAGCUGUGACACUUGCCAUUGGAGAUGGAGCCAAUGAUGUCAGCAUGAUCAAAACAGCUCACAUUGGUGUGGGCAUCAGUGGGCAGGAAGGGAUCCAGGCUGUCCUGGCCUCCGACUACUCGUUCUCCCAAUUCAAGUUCCUGCAGCGCCUCCUGCUGGUGCAUGGGCGGUGGUCCUACCUGCGCAUGUGCAAGUUCCUCUGCUAUUUCUUCUACAAGAACUUUGCUUUCACCAUGGUACACUUCUGGUUUGGCUUCUUCUGCGGCUUCUCCGCCCAGACUGUCUAUGACCAGUAUUUCAUUACACUGUAUAACAUCGUGUACACCUCCCUACCAGUCCUGGCUAUGGGAGUCUUUGAUCAGGACGUCCCAGAGCAGCGGAGCAUGGAGUACCCUAAGCUGUAUGAGCCAGGCCAGCUGAACCUUCUCUUCAACAAGCGGGAGUUCUUCAUCUGCAUUGCCCAAGGCAUCUAUACAUCCGUGCUCAUGUUCUUCAUCCCCUAUGGGGUAUUUGCCGAGGCCACCCGAGAUGAUGGCACCCAGCUGGCUGACUACCAGUCGUUUGCAGUCACUGUGGCCACGUCCCUGGUCAUUGUGGUUAGCGUACAGAUUGGGCUGGACACAGGCUACUGGACGGCCAUCAACCACUUCUUCAUCUGGGGCAGCCUGGCAGUCUACUUUGCCAUCCUCUUUGCCAUGCACAGCAAUGGACUCUUUGACAUGUUUCCGAACCAGUUCCGGUUUGUAGGGAAUGCCCAGAACACCCUGGCCCAGCCUACAGUGUGGCUGACCAUCGUACUCACCACGGUUGUCUGCAUCAUGCCCGUGGUCGCCUUUCGGUUUCUCAGGCUCCACCUGACGCCAGAUCUCUCUGACACGGUCCGCUAUAGCCAGCUGGUGAGGAAAAAGCAGAAAGCCCAGCAUCGCUGCUUACGGCGGGUGGGCCGCACAGGCUCCCGGCGCUCGGGGUAUGCCUUCUCCCAUCAGGAGGGCUUCGGGGAGCUCAUCAUGUCGGGGAAGAACAUGCGUCUCAGCUCCCUGGCACUGUCCAGCUUCUCCGCCCGCCCUAGCUCCAGCUGGAUCGAGAGCCUGCGCAGGAAGAAGAGUGAUGGCGCCAGUAGCCCUAGCAGUGUGGCCGACAAGCCCCUCAAGGGGUAAAGGCUGAGACCAGUUGCCUGUGCUGCUGACCAAAGCAUGCAGGGCUGCUGGUUGCUGAGGGAAUGGUCUUGGAACUGCUGGUCCUUGCCUUUUGCCUCCUGUCUUCCUGGUAGACACUGUCCUGCAGUUUCCACGAGGAGCGGCUCAGGGUCUUGCUACCAGCUGGGGAGGUGGAGAGAGCAGGCCCAGAGGCAGAGCGGGGGCUGGGCACCAGGAACCAGCUCCAGAGGGGGAUCAGAUGUGGAACCAAAAAUAAGAAACUGUGAGAUUGGGUCUGCCCUGUCCUGCCUGAGAGUCCACAGGGAGACAAUAAUCUCCGUAUUUUUUUAUUCCUAAUCCCCAGAGGGGCCCUAGCCCCCCUGUUCCUGAAUUACACAAGAAUGUAUCAUGCCGGGAAGCCAGAGACCUGCUGGGGCCCCUGGGCUCCUCACGUUGUGUGUGUCUCUCCUUGGUUUGUGUUGUGUCCAGUUUGAUUUUGUCUCUUUUUUUUUUUUUUUUUUUUUUUUUGAGACAGAGCCUCAAGCUACUGCCCUGGGUAGAGUGCCGUGGCGUCACAGCUCACAGCAACCUCAAACUCCUGGGCUUAAGCGAUUCUCUUGCCUCAGCCUCCCUAGUAGCCGGGACUACAGGCACCUGCCACGACGCCCGGCUGUUUUUUGGUUGUAGUUGUCGUUGUUUGGUGGGCCCAGGCUGGAUUCGAACCUGCCAGCUCUGGUGUAUGUAGCUGGUGCCUUAGCCGCUUGAGCUACAGGUGCCACCUUGAUUUUGUCUCUUAUUUGGCAAGUGGAGGAGGCCUUUAUGUGACUUUCAUGUUGUGGUUUGUGUCUUAACUCUCCUGGGAAGAGGAGGCUGGCAACACAGGGACACCCUGGCCUGGGUGGAGAUCAAGUGGUUUGGGAGGAGCCACCUCCCUUGGGUGUCCUUCCAGGGCUGGUGCCCUCUUGGGACACAGGGGCUGACGUCUGGUCAGAAGAGGGUGUCAGGGGAGUGUGAAGGAUGGUUUGGUCCUGUCUCCUUCCUCACCUUGAGAGUAAAAUGCUACCCUCUGCCCCCAACACUCAUCCAUAUCAAUUCCUAGAUUUCAUAAGUCCCACUGGUAUUGGGCCGGACCCUAGGAAAGGAGCCCUGUCAUUCUUAGUGAGCUAAAACUGGGUAUGAAAUUUGAUCCUGUAAACAAAAGUUUUUCUCAUUUUAAAUUUAGUCCCAAGUUCAUUAGCAGACUCUCCCCUUUGCCCAGCACCUUCUGGUGCUUUCUUGCACCUAUACCCCAAGAACCUGAGGUGGCUGCAAUGGGGAGCUGCUCCCUCCUCCCCUCCAGGCCCAGCAUCUGGGCUGGUGGUGGUGAAAGAGGAGGAGGAGGAAGGUGAGGCUAGGCCAGAGACUGCCUACUCAGUGCCUGGCCUGUUCUGGACAGGGCUCAGUGGGAGGCUCAGCACAGCCUGUCCCUUUUCUCCACCCUCCACACCUCUGAAGCUAUUCCCUACAUUAGGCAUUUUCCAGUUAGUUGCUGCCUGAUCAGCCUUGAGAAGAAUCUUUUCCUCUUCUUUGGUAGUUGGGGUGGGGGGCACUUCAGGAGCAGUGUGGACCUGGGAAUGGGGUAUGGCGACUCUAUGUGCUCCAUGUGGAAGCCCCAGAGAGCUGGAGGGAUGCAGUGAGGCGGGAGUGGGGCUGUGGAGGAGGGGAAAUACUGGCAGGGAAAUCCCUUUGGCCACACAGUUUACAAACCUAGUAUUGUCUGUCUGUGUGUCUCUCAAGGUGAGAGUCUGAUUUUUAUACCAAAGAGGAAAUGAUUUUUUUUUUCGUAUUUGGUUUGUCUAUAUUAUAUAAAUAUAUAUAUAUAUACAGUUAUAUAUAUAUUAUUUUUUGGUUCUCUCUCGUUUUAUAGGGAGGGAGGAAAGUACCAAGUUGCAUUGAGCUGUAAUUAAGGAACAUUCUGUAUAAUUUAUGACACAUUUCUAUACUUGCAAAAAUUAUAUCAUUUUAUGGAUAUAUAAGAGAAAAAUGCAUUUUUAUAAAAUUUCAAUUUCUGA